GCCUCAGCACAAGAUGGCGGCCUCCUGCAGCCGGCUGGGCCUGGUCUUGGCGCUCUGCGUCUUCGUAGCGGCCGCCUUCGCCGAGGAGCCGAAUGGAAGCCCCGCAAAGAAGAAGAAGAAGAAGGACAUUCGGGACUACAACGACGCCGACAUGGCGCGGCUGUUGGAGCAGUGGGAGAAAGAUGAUGAUAUAGAAGAAGGGGAUCUUCCUGAGCACAAGCGUCCGUCUGCACCAAUAGACUUCUCCAAGGUUGACCCAGGCAAGCCUGAGAGUAUCUUGAAGAUGACCAAGAAAGGCAAGACGCUUAUGAUGUUUGCCACUGUGUCAGGAGAACCCACUGAAAAGGAGACAGAACAAAUUACAAAUCUGUGGCAGGGGAGUCUUUUCAAUGCCAACUAUGAUGUACAGAGGUUUAUUGUUGGUUCAAAUCGUGCCAUCUUUAUGCUGCGUGACGGAAGCUAUGCAUGGGAGGUCAAAGACUUUCUGGUAAAGCAAGACAGGUGUGCGGACGUAACUUUGGAAGGUCAGGUGCAUCCUGGCAAAGGAGCCAAUGAAAAAGAAAAAAAUAAGACCAAACCUGAAAAAUCCAAAAAGAAAAAAGAUACAGACAAGAAAUCUGGAACGCUCAAAGAUAAUAACCGAGCAACCAAACCAAAAGAAGAUCUAUGAUGAUAAGUUAAAUCGACUGAACACUGUAAAAGAGGCUGGGUGGGAAAUGGGAAGUUUAGGAAAGAGAAAAUGGUCAAAGUUGUGGUCAAGGGAACAGUUUACUUAUUAAUGAGAGGCAUUUAUUUAGUAACGACGAAAGUUAAUGGUUAACAUCUGUAGAUUGCCUUGUUAAAGUUGUGGCUUGCUUACUUUCAAUCAACUGGUUUUUAAGUCUAAAACAGGCACCUGUGCGUUUAACUUCAGUAUUAUGGACUUUGCUCAAAGAAUGAGCAGGAGAGAAAUGUGUUCUCCCUUUGUUGCCAGCUAUUUUGGAGGAGUGAGCAGUGCGAGUGAUUCACAGUUAAUGUCCAGACAUUUCUAGACAAGAAACGUGACUUAACAUUCUAAGAGUUAUUACAUUUCCAAUAUUUUCAUUAAUUAAAAUAAACAGUACAUCUUGAGAGCCUUUGAAUCUUGUAAUAGACAACCUCAGAAUCGCGCUGGUAGAACAGGUCCCUGGAAGCACAGUUUUGAAAGAUGCAAGGGCUAUUUUUAUAUGUUGGUUAAGUGGGUGGAGGGGAACAAUCUUCUAAUAACAUGUUUAGGAUUAUUCUUGCAUGAGCCAUUUGAUUGAAAUAGGGCAAAAGGUAUGUGAGAAGAAUAGCAAAGGAUACAAUUAACCCUGAAACGAAAUCCAAGCUUGCUUAAGGUGUCCCAGGAUUGUAGUGAAUAUAAAUUGAAGGUGUAUUCUAUUCGAACAGAUCUGGAGGAUUGCAUAGCUUAGAAGGUUGUGUUGACUUCUUCAAGAACGUUAACCAAGAAGGGCACAACCUUGGAGCAUAAGUCCGUUUCAACUUCGUGGUCACAGUAUUGGGCUGAGUAACGUCACACUUAAUCGUGCUGAGUGUGUUAAAUUUUUAUGGUGCCAAAAAUGCUUCCGAUAUUUGGAAUGUCCUCAUUUGAGACCAUGAAGAUUGCUUUAUAUAUAUAUAGGAAAUCUUGCUGUCAAUGUGAACACUCCUUCCAGAAUGUCAAUAAAUUUGUACGCUUUUUCAAAACAGAUUGCUAUUUGAAACAUAAGAA